AUGGCUGUAUCAAGUCUUCAUCCCGUGAUCCCUUUCCCAUUUGGGACUGUUGUUCACAAUGUCUCAGCUGAACCAUUGACUACUGCCGUUGAUCGGGCGGCUCUUGAGGCCUCAACCAAGAUUCUUGAUAUCAUCGGCAGAUAUCGCAUGAAGCAAGAUGACAACCUAUACUCACAUUCCGAUGAGUCAACUCUUAAGUUUAUUGCUCUCAUAUACACGCACGUCAAAGCCGGCAAGCCAGUUCCUAUGUGCCUACCAGCUUUCCCGUUCAAGUCGCCAAAUUCGACAUCAAAGACUUUGGGGAAGCUUCCUGAUAAGGGUGAAGAAAUUGCUCUUGCUCAUCUGAACGGACUUUGCAGCGCGAUUGGCGAUGUAACUAAACUGACAUUCAUAGACCUUCUGGGUGUUCCAGACAGAGAUGUGUGGGCAUACGGCGAGACUCUUCGCUCCAUGGCAGCAGAGAAGGAAUUUCACAACAUUUCCUUCGCGAGACUUCGUGAUCUUGUCGAGAUUGAUCUACCGAAAGACCUCGAGGAAAUGACAUAUGUAGCCAAUGCCUCCAACUUUCGACGUGCGCUUCUCAACACAUUCAGCAAGCCUGGAUGGAGCUGGGACGAAGUCCGGCAGUCAGACGAUCAGUGCAUGACUUAUCGUGGCUAUAUCAAGUUUCUUCAAACAGAUCUGGAAACAGUCUAUCCUGUUGAUGAGAACCGUAGCAAGUCCAAGUAUAAAAGGGGUAUUGAGUACAUUGCAAAGCAGAUGAUGGCUCGCGGAGAUGCCUUUGCCAAUGCUGUUCGACAAAAGUAUCCCGAUCAUGUUCGCCUGUCAAUCCAUCCCUCAACUGGAGCUGUCAAGCUUUCCAUUAGCCUCUUGCCCACUGAGCAACUCUACACUACCCCAUGGCAUUGCAGCGUUGCGUACAGACUGGACGGUACCAUCAGGACAGGUAUGCGAUCUGAGUUUGACAACGAGGAAAGUCUUGAACUGGUCUGUGACAAUGGGCGACCUUCUUAUUAUCGCGAGAAGUCACCUCUGCUAUCAUGGGCAGAGGACAAGGGCGGCAUUGUCGUUGACCCUAUGUACCCCGCUGGUCUGAUAAUUCGUCCUGCUAAUGGAGCUGGCUCCCUGACACUUGACGAUAUCGACACAAAGAAAGUCCGUGCUCUCUCCGAGAUCAACUCCCCUGUUGUUCUGAAGGGAUUCGUCAAAAAGCCCAACCGCGACCGCUUUAUUGAUUUCAGCCACCGUUUCGGAACCCCGCUACCAUGGAAGUUUGGCCUACUGCUCGAAGUCAAGGAUCGAGGACAAGACACCCGAGGUCUGAACAAUGUUCUUUCAGCAGAGCCUAUGCCAUUCCACUAUGAUGGUUUGUUCAAGGUUGUCAAGCAGACCGACGAGGAUGGAAAUGAAAAGACAGUUUCGACUCCGCCCCAGUUCCAACUCUUCCAGGGUGCCACCUCCUCACCAAGAGAUACCGGAUUCACUCUUUUCUCUUCAUCAACUCUAUUCUUCAAAUACCUCCCAUCAUGGCUGAAGAAGGAUAUCUCCAAGCUCACCUGGAGCGUAUCAACAUCAGCAUUCGACAACACCAUCUUGCGUGGUCUGCCCCUUGCUAUUGAACAUCCUACGACCGGCAAGCCAUGCCUUCGAUACCACGAACCUUGGCCCCAGUCCAAGACCAGAUUCGAUGCUUCAGAUGUUACGAUUGACGGACUUGAGGCUACGGAGAGCGCUGCUAUUUGUGAUACCAUUGACUCAGUCCUGUAUGAUCGUCGGGUUGCGCUGUACUAUGCUUGGGAUAAGGGUGAUAUUCUGGUUAGCGAUAACAUUCUGAUGAUGCAUACUAGGAGUGAUUUCACUGCGGGGGUUGAUCGUGAGUUGUGGCGAAUUCAUUUUGACUAG